UCUAGCGUGUGUGUGUGUGUGUGUUUUCGCAUGAACAGACCACCAGUGGUAGACAAGGUUAUGUGUUAAGUUAAAUAUGAUCUGCGUAAGCGUAGCUGUGUACAUUGUAAGCAUUACACCAUUUAAGCUAAAGUGGGAUUCUUCGAUUGAUCUUGGUUCUGUCCUAUUUGGAUUACUAUUUAAUGCGAAUCUUGGCCUUGAAGAGAAGAAAUGUGUGAUGAUUUUCAAUGUUCUUUGUUUAUCUUUAGUCGCCUUUAUGAAUUCAGCAAUUUUUUUUUUUUUAAAGUAGUUUCAUUCAACAAAUUGGAGAAGAUUUAAUAAAUGAUAUUCAGUUUGGAUGAUGAUCUAUUUUAAAUAUAUUAUGACUGUACAAGCAUUUAGCAAGAAUUAAGACUUGAGACUUUUGUAUAGUUAUAAUCAAUAACUGUAAAUAGUGCUUGGAUUGAAAGUUACGUAGAUGCCACAGUACAAUAAACGAAAUGAACAAGAUGCAGUUAGACAUCUUUGGAACACUAAACUAUUAUUGCACAAAAGACAGGUUUACUUUACUCAAAACUACUCAUGACUACAUUGCAAUGGGAAAAUAGAAGACAUCGCAUUUUUGACCAUCUUUGUCACUACUUUAAAACGGGCAAUGUUUUCAAAGACGUUGGCAAAGCAAGAACUUGCUGUACCGGAAUACAAGAAGUGGAUUACUAAAUAACGACGAAAUGUUAGAUUGUAUUCUUCGAACCAAUUAGCGAAUGUAUGAAAAUACCAAAAUCGUAGUAAAAUGAAAAGUUUUCCGUUCGUUAACAUUUGGUUCCAAAUCCUGAUUGGUGGUUUGUACCUGGCUGCAAUUACAAAGACGGCGAUGGGCACUUUGUACAACUCGUCCAUCUCGUGCACAAGGGGCUCAGAACAAACCCCGUACGGCAUCAGCUGUCCGUCCGAGGGUGGUGCAAAUAAGAUUAUGAUCAUACACCGUGUUUUCUAUGGGGCUACGCCCACGACAAGGUAAGCUACAUGCUCAAAAUAAAGGCGUAUUAUGUUGGCCUACUUCAAGAUAUGGGUCAAGAUAUGUGACUUAUGUUGGCCUAUUUUAAGAUAUAGGUCAAUGUAUGUGUAUUGUGUUCGCCUACUAUAAGAUAUAGUUAAAUUUCUGUGGAUUGUGUUGACAUACUUUAUUAUAUAUAGAUCAUUGUCUAUGUAUUAUUAUUCCAAAAUUUGGACAUUUAAUGGCAUUGUGUACCUAAAAUUACCAUGUGAUAGCUAAAUGAAUAAAAGACUGUAUACUCUUUAAUUGUAUCUACAUGCUGUAUCCGUCUCCGAAUAACAUGUUACCGUAUAAACCAAUACACGAACUUGUACCUGUAUCUAUUGGAUACCAUAGAUAUUUUUUUUUCAACAAUUGCUAUCGCAUUCCAGAAAUUGCACCCGCACCGCUCCGUACGAGAACUGCUGCAGAACGUACAAGGACGCGGAGAACUGCGUCUUUGAGAAUGACGCCGACCUGGAGUCACUGUCCACACUCUGCACUGGGAGACUGGCCUGCGCUACAAGCGAAUCUGGUAAAAGACCAAGCUCCGCAUUAGGGAACUGCAGCCAACCCCAGUACCCUUCGCUGACGUCGUUCUCUUUUGUAGAGUUUGAAUGCGUGGACAUUUUCGAUUUUGUCAAUGUCUGCGGCAACGUGUCAAAGUCCGUCAGCGCCGGAGAUGCGGUCAUCGACACAAAUACGGUAAAUGUUAACGCUGUCGCCGACACUGAAUGCGGUUGCGUUGUUACCGGGGACUGCAACGCGACCUUGACAGUCGUUGGAAUGCACGUUCAGCUCCACCAGAGCGCGAAUAACACCGUGUGCUCCGAGGAGUUGAUAUUUCAGGACAUGAAAAGUUUGGACACCCACAGGAACGUCUCUUGCAAAUUCGACAAUGACGCGCUAAAUAUUCGAACCGGUUUGAUUCUACGGGACAAGGUCCUUUUUGUGUCCGCCACAAACAUGGUGGACGUGAGGUUGAAGGUGAAUGGUCAGAUUAGGGGGAGGAUCCUCGCGCGUAUCAAGACGUCCAGUGAAAACGGCACUCUUCAUCUUAGCUGUGGAUCUCAGAGGCACACAUCCGUGGAUGCUGGUGUUGUAUGCCCCGGUGAUGCGAGUGUAUGGCCUACUAUUCCAGACUUUGACAAAAGUACGGCGUUAUCGCCAUCAAGUGAGGUAUCAAGUGCAGGAAGCAGUCCUAACUCAAAAGCAGGAUUGACCACGAACUCAAAUACGGGAUUGACCACAAACUCAAAUACACAAUUGACCACGAACUCAAAUACAGGAUUGACCACAAACUCAAAUACUUUCAGUUACUCGCAUGAGGACGUCACCACAAAGGACGAGAAAUCCAGCUCUAGCCCUGAGGGAAGUACUCUCUCAAUGACAUUUCCCGGAGUUUACUCCAGUCCUGAAAAUAUCCUUGACACCUCUGUAGACUCGGGAUCUAGGUCAACUCCUGAUCAAAGUACUGACACGUUCAGUGACAAAACUACUCCCCCGAGUACUUCUUCAGUUUCGGUCAUGACGAACACAAUGACCAACUAUGACAAUCAGAAUCAGGCUAUCACUAAAGCCGACACUUCAGCGAGCACGCCAUGGUCGGCAUCAGUGUAUUCUGGUCUUAUAGCCGGCGUGGUCUUCCCAAUUAUAUUUUUCGCCGUGCUCUUCUGUGCGGCCGGCGUCAUGUGGGUUAUGCACCCUGUCAAGAGGGAAACCUUAAGAAUUUAUUUGCACAGAGACGUUGUCUCGCAGGAAUCCCUUGUUUCUGUUGCUUAGUCUAGUUCUGGAUUCUGUUCGAUUUGGAUUUUUUUUUUUUCGAUUAAUUAAAAAUGAAUUAUUUAUAGCGAUACAAGAUUAGAUCUUUAUGAAAUUUCAUUA